AUGUCGUGGAUAUCUCUUCUGUCUGUUUCCUCUGUCUCUUGUUUUCUUAGGAUAUCAGCAGGGAAGCCAUUUCCAAUAGAUACGGUCCCCAUCCUCAUCACGGCAGCCCAGAUAGGAGACACUUACCUGUGGGACUUGACAGAGGUUGAGGCCACGUGUGGAGACAGCUUCUUAGUCGCGGCCUUUCUACCUUCAGGGGCAUGCGUUGGCCUGCAGAAGUUCGGCCAUGUGCUCGCAGACUGCCGCACCCUGCAGACGACUCUAGCGACAUCUCAGAGACUGAGCAGAGAAGUGCUAGAAGACCUGCAGCGCCAAUCUGAGAUCAAGAACCCCUCAAUGAGGGGGAAUCUUGAUUCUUUCUUCGCGCUGGCUUCUCUCUAG